UUCUGUGCUGGUUGUUGUGGAACUUUAACGUCACGAGGAAAAACUACAUGAAUAAAGCUAUUUUCCAGAGCAGUGUCUGUAAGCCAAAUAAUCAAAUAAAAAGUUGUAUUUUCUUUACAACCUGUGCAGACAAACUGUUCUGCUGGGAGAAUUCUAAACAAAAAACUGAAAUAACUUUGUUUUUAUACUUUACAGGAGCAAGAUGUUCUUUAUAUUCAUCGUCAUGCUGAGCAUCAAUACCUGCCAGAGAACUCGACACAAAUGCAUUACGCCACGCUGACAAUCGACCAAAGUGUUUUGCAGAAUAUCACUGCGAAACUUUCCAAAUUCUUCGUGACAAACUCAAGCUUACAGAUCAAAAACCUUCAUAUCACAACAAGUAAAAUAUUAAAUAAUGUUUUAUUAACCCUACAAACUGUAUUUCAAUGAAACAGAAUGAGUAAAAAUCCUUUUCCCUUCUUGUUCUUGAUGUAAGACUGCAACACGAGCAGUUGUCAUUGUGAACCAGGCUACAGCUGGAGUGAAACCACCUGUAAGUCCAACCUGUCGUGUUGUGGUAAAAAUUCCUGUUUCCUCUCAGGAGCCACAUCUCUGAGGUGCAUCUCUGACUAUACAGUUCUAGUUGCAGGGACAAUCACUAUGACACAACCAACGUUUCAAACAUGUCUGACGGAUAAAACAACAGAGAGUUUUCAGACGUGCAACAAAAACAUGAUAGAGCAGAUAAAGAAGGUUUACACAACCAUCGAAGGAUUUGACACUUUAACAAUCAACGCAUACAGUCUUGGAAGCAUUAUUGUAAGUUUUGGGAUCACGAUUGUCUCCAACCUGAAGCCUCAGGAUCUGAUUGACAGAUCAAUAGAGCUCAGUAAAAUACUUAAUGGCUCAUUUGAACUGCAGACGACAGGACUUGUCGAAGUAACAGUGCCGAGUGGGUUGGUGCAUUAUCAUACCGACGCCACCGUUAACUGUAAAACGAAGGAGGACCUGGGAGCUCAACCCCUGUGGAAUAUAAAUAAUGGCAAUGGCGUCUUUCUCAUCACUAAUGGGACCGUCUCAACUGUGUCAACCCAACAAAAACAGAGCACAGUUACGCUCCAGCAAGUUGAUGAACUCUGGGAAGGAGUGUACAUAUGUCUCUUUGUACAACAAAAUUCAUCAGUAACUAUAUAUCACACAGCUAAUGCUACAAUGAACAUAUGCCUAAUACCAAAGAUUAGAAACUCCACAAAUACAGCAUAUCCACGCUGUAAAUCUGCUGACGAUGUUCUGUUGGUAACCAUCAUCUGUGAAAUAGACAAAACCAGUGAAAAUUACACUGUGACAUGGUCAGAGUAUGCUUCAGCAGGGAGAAAUACGUUUGGUAAGAAUAUUCUCACUUGUCUUUUCAACAUCUAA